CCCUUGGCCAGCACCUGGAAUUGUCUGAAUUGCAGGCGCCGUAAAGUCCGAUGCGAUAGAAAGAACCCGUGUUCCCAUUGCUCCAGAAGUGGAAAGCCAUGCGUCUUCCCGCAGUCCGGCCGAUUGCCUCGGCGGCCCCCGGCAAGCACCGUCGGCGCGCCUGGACACUCGGGAGGACGGUCACGUGACCUCCUCGACCGAAUUAGACGGCUGGAGGGCAUUGUCAACACCUUCAAUACAAACCUGGAGCACGGAAGACCGCUUCAUCUGCAUGGAGUGCCCGAAAGCGCUUCCGAGAAUGGAGCCCGGGCAUCAACGGCGCGGGCAGGGCUCCCUACUGAGCGGCCACACUCCACAGAAGAACCAGAAGGUGGCCAUCGUCAUGCGGGGUUCCUUGUAUCCGGGCAAGACGGUAAGCUGUAUAUUGGCGGGGACUUCUGGUCCACACUCUGUCGAGAGGUGAAUACUUCGUACACGAGACUGGCCGACUCGCUCCCUCUGAGCGGCUUACCGAGCAACUCUGCUCCGUCAUUGAAGAGCAGCCCCAGUGACUACUCAACAUGGAUCUUCCAGAAGCCGCCUACGUUUGAAGGCACAGUCAUCGACGCCAUGUUUCCUAUGCCAUCUCAGAUGUUCUUCAUCUGGCAGGCCUACGUUGAGAAUAUAGACCCUUUCCUCAAGAUUAUCCACGUACCCAGCAUUACCGAGGCUCUCAUGACCAAAGGAUGUCGCCUUGCCAUUAUGGAACCAGCCAUGCGCGCUUUGUUAUCAUGCAUCUCCUUCGCGGCCAUUGCUUCUUUGACGGAGGAAGAGGUAGUCCGCCUCAACUAUGGUGUUGACAAGAAGACUCUUUCUCUGCGUUUCCGUGCUGGUGCCGAGGCGGCCCUCGCACGUGCCGACUUUAUGAACACUGCAACCUUGAUGACUAUCCAAGCAUUCACUAUCUUCCUCAGUGUACUACAGUGCGAAGAAUCUCCUCGUUUUAUCUGGUCUCUCACAGGCAUUCUUAUCCGCCUUGCUGUUUCUCUCGGCCUGCAUAAGGAUGGCUCACAGUUCAAGGGCAUAAGUCCUUUCGAAAUUGAAAUACGGCGGCGAGUAUGGUGGCAUAUUUGCUUUCUUGAUGCCCGGACUGGCGACAGCCACUUUCACGAUGCGCAGAUCCCCGAGACACUGUUCGAUACCCGGUACCCGAGCAACGUUGACGACACGGACAUCGACCCUCACAUGGGGGAACCGGUCUUACCUAGAGAAGGGCCUACAGACAUGUCGAUCUGUCUAGUGCGAUGUCGCAUAUGGCGAAUGGUCCGCGCCAUGCGUACUGCCAGUCAACAUGCGAACGCUGACAAUACCGUCGAUGGCCGGUCACUGUUGGAACAUUCCCUGGAUGCCGUCCGAGAGUUCAGGGAGAGUCUGGUAAGCCCUCAUCAAUCUGGCUGGCCUAGGAACUCGGAACAAGAUUCCUUCCUCCGCAUUAUGACAGAUGUAGUGGCCUCGCGUGUGGAACUGAUGGCCUACUACCAGGAGAGACUUUCUGGAACCUUCGAUCCGGCAGCCCAGGAGGACUUAUUUAACGUCGCGAUCAAGGUUGUCGACCUGGCCUAUAAGCUGGGGCGGUCUCCUUCCAUGUCCAAAUGGGCCUGGAUUACCCAGGGAUUCCUUCAGUGGCAGCCUCUCAUUAUCAUACUUGGAUACAUAUGCGCGGUGCCGUGGGGAGCUUGCAGCGAAAAGGCCUGGAGCACUGUGGGUCGAUGCAUCAACACCAUGCCGGAAGGCAUCAAACACGAGCCAUUGUGGCAGCCGCUGCAAAGGCUGCUGUCAAGAACCUACCAACAUCGC